AUGCACGCGCGCCAAACAUCGACUGAAGAACACCGUAACAAGAGAAAGUUCCAGCCGAGCAUCACAAGCUAUUUUGCAGUGCGAGACCAAUUCGACGAUAACGAAGAUCUGCGGGGCCUAGAUCCGAUUACCCGCCCGCGACACCACAACAACACGAGACCGGCUCAACAGAGGGAGAGACUCACCCCCGACCUUCCCGGACACGUCCAGGCCGAGCUGCUGAGCGUAGGAAUGAGGGUCAGGAAGAGCGUGCCGGAAGGCUACAAGACAAACAAGAUGUCUGCACUACCCUCGAUCCAAACCACAAUGUGGAAGCCCACCUUUGACGUCAAACCCUCGCGCGAGGAAGUACCCGACGACUAUGUACACCAGCGGGAGUUGUUGCCGUUCUGUGGCCUGCACAAGAUUGGUGGCUACGCUGAACAGCCAACCACCAACCCACACCUCUACGGCGUCAACGGCUUGCGACCCAGGAACUCGUUUCCCCUCCCCGCCGAAGCAUUCACCCAGCCCUUCACAUCUCACUCGUACUCUCGCUCCUCCCCAGACAGUGGCUACUCUAUGAGCCCCUCCCGCCCACACAAUCCCUCGAAACGGUCAUGGCAAGAAGAAGAGGACAAGCCAUUGCAAUCAAACUUCCUCUUUGCCAUACCGACAACACGAGGUAUGGGUAUGGGUGUUGAGAUUGACGAGGUACCCGUCAGCCCGCUCAGCGAGACGCCACGACAGGGACUCAACAUGCAACCACCGGCCCGCCAGCUUGCGCAACCCAAGUCGCGGAGGGCGGUCCAGCGAACCAUCAGUGACGACGACAUCGACAUGGACUUUGAAAACGCAACACACAUGGAGGCCCGAGUCAGCGCAGGCAGUGGCAGUGAUUUCGAAGACGCCGAUUUUCUUUCUGGAGAAGUGACCAUGGGCGACGUUUGA